CAUCCACUGAAUCAGAACAAGACUGAUAUCAACUAAUUAUCGGCCACCGAGACGGUUUCCUCUGGCAAAAGGGAACAACUGGACGUAGAGGGCUUUACAAGGGGUCGCAAGCUAUAACUGCCGCGGUCGCUUACAGCUACGACACUGCUCGAGCUGCAGCUGAAGGAGUCAAGUGCGGUGAACUUUCAUUUCGUCGUUGUUUUCGAUUUUUAAACUUUCUCAAGGUACAUUUGAAUGCACCCGAAUUGACAUUAUCACGACAGGAGUUCAUUUAGCCACUGUAUUUCAACAUGUCAGCAGUAAAUUAUUUACUCAAAAGCAUUUCUGCUUUAUGCCCACUUUGCUGAUAGUGGGCACUGCUGGAAAUAUUGUUGCUUUUUUGAAGUGCACUUUCAGGGUUACUAACAGGGCAUCGACUUUGAUGUUAAUUAAAUGAGUCGGGCGCUCUAGUGGGUAACUCCCGCUAGAGAUAGCAGAGCACAGUAGUCAAAGAAAGGUGAGACGGUCUGUUAACGGAGAAACCUCUGUAGAGGUUCACAUGACAGUGAAUACAACUCAACAACAUUUAUGGAGUGCAGUUUGUAGUACGGCUCUGGCUGUAAAACUGAAAUGGGGCUCUUUUCCAGGAUACAAGUGCACAGUUGAAGACCGUCUUACAAUUCUACCUGGGGAAUAGUUUACAACCAUUUUAUCCGGGUUUUUAUCACUUAAACCAACAAUACUGUAAAAACAUUUUAAAGACACCGUAGUGUAUCCGCUGGGAUUGAACCACGACUGAUUUCCCUCGCGCCCGGACCAUGGCCUCCUCCUCGCGGAACAGCUGCUUCUCGUUGCUCUGGAGACGCACCUUCAUCUCUCUGUGGCUAUGCGCGCUAGUGGCGCGUGGAGGAGCGGAGGGUGACAGCGCCUUCAACUCAGAGUCAUGGCUGAGGAUGUACGGUUACCUGCCCCAGGCCAGCAGACAGAUGUCCACCAUGCGAUCGGCUCAGAUCUUAUCUAAUGCCAUCAGUGACAUGCAGCGCUUCUACAGCCUGGAGGUCACUGGACAGAUGGACAAACAAACAGUCAGUGCCAUGAAGAGACCCCGCUGCGGUGUGCCUGACAAGUUUGGAGGCCAGAUCAAAACCAAUGUUCGGCGGAAACGCUAUGCCCUCACAGGACAUAAAUGGAACAAGGGCCACCUCACUUACAGUAUCCAGAACUACACUCCCAAGAUUGGAGAGUAUAACUCAUACGAAGCCAUCCGUCGGGCGUUUAAAGUCUGGCAGUUGGUGACCCCAUUGACCUUUGACGAAAUCCCCUACCAGGACAUCAAAUAUGGACGCCGCAAGGAGCCCGACAUUAUGAUCUUUUUUGCUUCGGGUUUCCAUGGAGACAGCUCUCCUUUUGAUGGAGAGGGAGGCUUCCUAGCUCACGCCUACUUCCCUGGACCUGGAAUGGGCGGGGACACACACUUUGACUCCGAUGAACCGUGGACCAUAGGAAACCAUAACGUACAAGGUAAUGACCUCUUCCUGGUUGCAGUCCAUGAGCUGGGCCACGCCCUCGGUUUAGAGCAUUCCAACAACCCACUGGCCAUCAUGGCUCCCUUUUACCAGUGGAUGGAGACGGAGAAUUUCCAAUUGCCUGAUGACGACCGGCGAGGCAUCCAGCAGAUCUAUGGUCAGCAUAACAGCAGCCCCACCGUGGCCCUGCCCACAGUGACGCCUCGCCGCCCGGAGCCCCGCCCACCACAAACUCCCCCCCGGCAUCCUGACCGCCCCAGGACCACUGAGAGACCGGAUCACUACGGGCCCAAUAUCUGUGAAGGGAACUUUGACAGUGUUGCCAUGCUCCGAGGGGAGAUGUUUGUUUUCAAGGGCCGCUGGUUCUGGCGCGUGCGCAGGAACAGGGUUCUGGAUAACUACCCCAUGCCCAUCGGUCACUUCUGGAGGGGGCUGCCUGGAGACAUAGACUCUGCCUACGAGAGACACGACGGCAGGUUCGUCUUCUUUAAAGGAACCAGAUUCUGGCUCUUCAGGGAGGCUAACCUGGAACAAGGCUAUCCAAUGGAGCUGGUUGAUUAUGGUCAGGAUAUUCCCUACGACCGAAUAGACACAGCUAUCUGGUGGGAGCCAUCCGGCUACACCUACUUCUUCCAAGGAGACUGGUACUGGCGCUUCAACGAGCAGUCUCGCCACGCCGACCAAGGAUACCCGAAACCUAUCAGCGUCUGGGGAUCGUCAGUUCCCUCCUCCCCCAAGGGGGCCUUCCUCAGCGAUGAUGGAGCGUACACCUACUUCUACAAGGGUUCGAAGUACUGGAAGUUUGACAACCACCGCAUGAAGAGCGAACCGGGCUACCCCAAGUCCAUCUUGAGAGACUUCAUGGGCUGCACCGCGGACCAGGACCCGGACAGAGACACGGAUACAGACCCAGGGCGCAAAUACCCCGACGUGAACCACCCCCCGUUCAACCCCGACACAACCGGACGUGAGGGAGACAAGGGCAAAGACGGGGACCGCGACGGGACGGACAAUGACUCGGGCAAAGGGACGGACAGCGACAAAGACGAGGACUACCGGGAGGGCCGCGAGGAAGACACCAACGAGGUGGACGUGGUGCUGAAGGUGGACGACAGCGAGGAGCGGACCAUGAACAUCCUGAUGGUGACCAUCCCUCUGGUCCUGCUGCUGUGCAUCCUGGGACUCAUCUACGCCAUCAUCAACACGCUGCAGAGCAAAGGGGCGCCGCGGCUGCUGGUGCACUGCAAGCGCUCGCUGCAAGACUGGGUCUGACCCUUAACGAGAGCAGAAACAGAACUUUGAACUUAAAUCGGAACCUUAGACAGUGCGCUCCUCUAAUCCAAGCCUCUUUUCACUGACCCAUCCAUCUCGGCAACUCUUAGAACCUGUGGUAGUAGAUCCAAUACUGUACACACACACACUCUUACUUAUACACACACACCACCCUAACCUCCUCCUGUCUCCCAUGGUGCUCUACAAUGCGUUGACUGUAGUCUAUUUAUAUGAGAGAAGUUUGCACAUUGUUUCUUUUAUUAUUUUGUGUGACGUUUUGUUAUAAUUAUAAUUAUUUCUAAACCAGGAAGGCUGUUCUAUUCUCCUCCUCUUUAUAUACCGCCUUACCCCCCUCUAAUCUCAGCAGGGUCUUUGCCCUCGCCAAUACCUUCACAUCUGCUCAUGCUAUCAGAUUCCACAAAGAAAAUGCAACGGGUUAGUAAAGAAAGACGGGCCACUAUGCUUCAGGAAGAGUUCAGUAGAUUGUCUUCCCUUUCUCACCAUCUUCUUCUCUGUGUCUUCGCCUCUCUCUGCAGAACAGUUUGUCAUGUCUGUCAGAUACAGCGUUAAAAUAAGCCAUCUAACAUGGGGGCUAUUUAAAAAAAGGUUAAAUAUUUUGGGAAAUGUAUUGGCAAGGCAUUUUUUGUUCGCAAAUAUAAAUCGUGGCCCCGAAAAUAUGGUCUAAGUGGAAUCAACAGUAAUUAUCCUUUAAAUUCAGACCACCACUGCCUUGUUUUCAUGGUCCAUUUAAAAAGUCAGCUCAGUGAGAAAUAACAACAGAUAGGGAGCAUUCAUUGCAUCUUUGACAUAAAACCAGGGAGAAACGAAGCAAAGCCCUGGCCUUUAACUCCAGAAUAGGAAGUAGCAGCACACAUGUAACCCAGCGGUCAUAGGGUGAAGCUAAUGUACCGUGCACUCUGUAAUGGACUUUUUACUGCUUGUGGUUUUUUUUUUUUUUCAAUUGAAGUAGGUUCACACAUGACCUGGGGUCUAUCUGUUGUAAAUACUGGAGCUGCGAGCACCAGGGGUGGGCUCAGCUCAUGUGAACACAGACUAAUCCUGUUCAUUAACAAACAGCAGGUGUGUGCAAAUGCUGUUAACCCCUGCGAUCGCUAAACUAAACCUUGAACUCCUAGAAGCAAAACACUGUCCUCUCCCUUUUCAUCUCGCGGGAAGUGGAGUGUGGGCAGAAGAAAAAUGUCUCAAUCUCAUCUACUCUAAUAUUCCUGGCAGCCAUUGGUUUCCAUUCAUUUUGUUGAGUAUAAAAAUCACAGGUUAUUAAAAUGCAAAAAUAAUUCACUCGGAUGGAUUAUAUAACUCAAGGGUUUUCGCCAUAUAUAUGUGGUAUUAAUAUAAAAAGAUUAAAUACUGAUAUGUCAACAUACACAUAUGAUCCCAUGUCAACAAUAGAGAGCCAUUUAAAUAAUCAUUCUAUCUUCCGCUUUAUUGGUUAAUCAAAUUACCUUUUCACUAUCUAAGUGAAACACUCUUGUACAGUUAUUCUAGCCUAUCACCACAGUCAUGUUUUGAACACAUUAAGAUGCCAAAAAAGAACCAUAACGCACAACAAACUAAGUGAAAAAUAAAUUUGAAUUCAAAAUGCAUGUUCUUAUUUUAUACAGCCGCAUAGCUUACUCCUAGGCAAGGCAAGUUUAUUUAUAGAGUACCUUUCAACACAAGGCAAUUCAAAGCGCUUUAUAGACAUGAAAGGCAUUAAGAGCGUUACAUAAAUAGUGUAGUAUAAACACAUUAUGAAAAGGCAUUAAAAACAGUCAUUUAAGAGCAAGGAUAAUGAGAUAAACACAACAGGUAUAAAGUACAUGAAUAAAAGUUACAGUGCAGAAUAAAGGUCACAGUGCAAUGUUAGAUCAGAACAGUUCAAUUAAAAAGGGGCUCGGACCUGUUGACCCUUUACAUCUGUCCUAAACAAUAAUCUUAAAAACAUUUUGUAUAUAUAUUGCAACCGGCCAACUUAAAAAUCUGAGAUCAUGACAGAUCCACACUGUAAAGAAAUGAAUGGAAAUUUAUGGCUGCCAUGGAAAUAUUCACUGAAAAAAGAUCCAUGCAAGAGCAAUGUCAAUUAUCAUUAAUCAUUUUUCAAUAAAAAUAGGAUUAAAAAGACUUUAGACACCCAGCUUCAGUUGAGAGAGAGAUCAUAGGAGUGCACACUUUAGAGUGCAGCUUCAAUAUGAAUUGGAGGAAGCCUUAUCUGAGGGCGCAUUUAGGACCAAGCUGCCAAUCUGAGCAGACGGGUCUCAGCCGGAUCAGGUUACAGAUGUGAACGGGGAGGGUGAGGAGACUCAAGAGAAAGGGGGAGGGAGGCUAACCUCGUCUCCCUGAGCUCACACAGCUUGGAUCACAGGAAUAAGGAGGGGUGAGAGAGAGAGGGAGAUAGGGGACUUUGAUGGCUCUAUUCCACUGGCAACAGCUCAUGUGACCCAAAUUCUCCUGCUAGCUCAACCGCAGUGCUAGCCAAAGAGGAAACUUUAGCCUACAGUAGGUGACAGUCUUUUGCUGCAUGUGCUUUGCUUGCAGUGUGAAUGGACCCCAUUACAUGGUGAAAAGAGAGCGAAAAAGAUCAAGCAAUUUGGGAAACAUUAAAUAAAUGAAGACUUUUUUGACAUCAAACUAAAGCCAAAUCCUUUCAUCCCUGCUUUCUAAAUAUGAUUCUUCCCUAGUUUCUGUUCUCCUCUACUUUGAGUUGAAAUACCCCAAAAAUAAAUGACAUUAACAACAAAGACAAUAAUCGGUAGUUGCAGCGCUAGUUUAAAAAAACCUGCACACUACUUCCAGCUGCGCCUCACAGUUUUGCUUCGUCUGCUUUUCUUCACUGCCAGUCAUGUUGACAGACGGUGCGGAAACACAACACCGCUGUUCUCUUACUUCACCUUCAGCUGCAGGUGCAGACAGGUUGAGGUGGUACACGGUUCAGACGGAGGUGAAGUUAACAGGACACCCGCUGAGUGGAAGAAAAGGAAGAGCAUAAUCUGCCGUCACCAGAAGUCUGCAGAUUGAUUUGUGGCCGGUCAAUAAUGGUUGCCAGGAAACGGUGUCCUGUGUCCAUCGCUCACCUCCUCUCCAUCAGGGUUGUUGGGGGGAGGGGGGUUGGCGGACGUAGCUAAUCAUUGUUAAAAGCCCCCCCUCCCUUUCUGCUUUCUCCUCUCCUGUCCUGCUCUUCCUACAGGCAUCAAUGCUUAGACAGCCUCGUGUCUGGACAGGCUCAGAAAAUGUCGACUCAUUGUAUUAGAAGCAAUGCUGCUCUUAUUAUCAGUUCUCCUUUGUGACCUCCACACAGCAAGCCCACAUGCAGUUAACCACGUUAAAGUUUAACACGUUAAUUGUACGGGCGUUACUUUCCCUGAAAUCAUAAUGUUUGCCAGUUUGAGAGGUCCUUUGUGGCGUGGCGUGACACUGACCGGGAUUAAUUUGUUGUGUCUCAAUUUGCGCACUUCUGUCCUUUUGCAUGGUUCGGCCCUUUUAACUGUCAAAAACUUGAGUGUAGAACGCUGGACACUUCUCACACUCAAGAACCAUCAUAUUAGCAAAGGUUGGCUACGUAGCAGAAGCUGCGCUACCAGCGAUAGUUGAUGGAAUUAACAAAGCAGCAGAAAGAAAGGUCAACCGUUAGUUUUUAUCAGUAAUUGAUAAAGGUAAUACUAUACUAGUGUCAGCUCCCAUUCAUUCUAUUGGGUAAAUUAUGCCGUCGGUAAUGAUUUGCUACAGCUAACGAUUACAUUGCUAACUAAUUAUCUUAGUAGCUAGCUAGCUAACAGCGAUGUUUGCUCUUCCUGUAAGGGUACAGCAGCUUGUGGUGAUUUGAGACAAAACAAAACAGGGUUGAAAUUCACACACGGUGUCAGUGUUCACAGUGCUUCGCAUGCAGCGGAUUAAGGGGAAGUGUCCGCAUUGAGACACAGUCCUGUCUUUGGACAGCUAGCAGGAGAGAAAUGUAAAGGUUCAGAAAGGAAGCUGUCCAGGCUGAUUGAUGCCUGUUUGUGUGUGUCGAGGUGUUUAGUUAAUCAGCUCUACUCUCCAUAAGCGAGGCCUGUUCUCCGACUGUAAAUCUCCCACAACACUCUCUAUCUGCCCCCCUCCACAUGCUCAGCCCGGCCCUCCACGCCCCGGGGAUCGUAAUAACAACAAUGGCCUUCACACACACACACACACACACACACACACACACACACACACACACACACACACACACACACACACACACACACACACACACACACACACACACACACACACACACACACACACACACACACACACACACACACACACACACACACACACACACACACACACACACACACACACACACACACACACACACACACACACACACACACACAGGUUUUAGUUGGCUUUGUGCAGACUCUUCAGCAGGAUGUCACAUUCAGAUUUAAAGUUGCAAAGGCUGAAGUUCUUUUUAUGUUAAUACCCUGUUCGUUUUGAAGUAAAGGGCCUUGAUGCAAGGUUUAGGUGUGGUGAGGCGAUCCCUUGUGUGAGCUUUCAUCUCCCUCAGGAUGUUUCUGUGAACACUGCUUCUCUCUUAUUUUGAUGAACAUCUCUGUUAAAACCUCCUCUUUUCUCUUUACCUUUUCUUCUUGCUGUCUCUCUCUCCACUCCGCUUCAGCUUCCUGUGGUCAAUGUGUGUCCCUGCACUUCCUCUAAUAACCACAAGCUUCAAACAGUCAUUGCAUCAGCCCUGUGCAAAGUCUGAACUCAAAGGGGGAAAAACCAGAUCAAUAACAAACGGACUGAGGAGAUCAAAGAAAAAAGUCAAACUUCACAUACAGUACGACUUGGGUCAACUUUGUGGCUUAUGAUGGCUCGAACCCAAAGGAUCAUAGGUUGUCCAGAUGGUUCUCUCUUUUCCCAGAGUGCAUCUCACCUUAGCUCAUUGAACCAAUCCACUCUGAAACCACUCAUUCUAAAUCACCACGGUGAUGAAACAGACAAAGACAUUGAGUGCUGCUUCAGACAGACAUGGAACCUGUUUAGCAGCCUGUUGUCCCCCUCUAACUGCAGCGACAGUAGAUCUUGUUGGAUUAUUAACUGGCCGUCCAUGGUGGAACUCUUCAUUACUACCCGAGUAAUGCUUCGGUGACUUUUUGAAAACUUAACCACCAUCCCUGACUGGGACGAGAUACAAAAAAAAGCAGCUGUCAAAAAUAAAACAGAUGAGGUUAUUGUUCAUCUUUGAUAAUUUUUAUUUUAUUUCUCAAACUUAAUAGGACAUGUUUUUUGUUAAUAACAUUCCAAUUGUUUUUUUUUUGGUUGGUUGUUAAUGGGUUUUUUCCUGUAGAAAAUGUAAUAUUUUAUACAUUUGUGUUUUUGUGUGAUCACCUCUAGUUGAGUGUGUUAACAAGCCAUGCUGGACAUGUACACAUUAAAAAUUGCUCUGAAAA